AUGUUUUGUAUGAGUAAAUGUGCUUGUUACAUGUCACCAAUGGCAGAUAUUACAUAACACAAUACUCAGAUGACUUCAGUGUGGAGGUAGCUUGGGUAAACUGAGGCAGUCGGCCUCCACACCUCUCUCUCUAUCCCAUCCUAUCAACCCCUCACUACACUGCUGGCUCUAGGCGUCAUGCUACUAAUGGUCAGGUUGGGUUACACACACCUGCAAGUGAUACAGGCUUAUAAAUUAUUACAGAACUUGCAAGUUGUGGUGAGCAUGUGCAUCGAGGCAGGUUGCUGGCAGGGGAAGAAGUCAGUGUGGAUGGAGCCGUCAGUGUGGACGGAGCGACAGAGCCAAAAUGGACAUCUCUGUUCUACCCAACAACAACCACCCGAAGAAGUUCCUCCAGCUGGACGUUGGGAUGCUGCCAGCCACACAUGGCAUGUUUCAGGUCGGGGCAGUGAUAUCCAGUCAGAGACACUGGCAGAACAGGGUCUACUCCCAGAGGGAGGGAAUGGGAAAGACUGACAGCAGGUCUCGUCCAUCCCCAGAGGGCACUCCUGUGGCAUUUGUGGACAGAUACCUGGAGAAACACAUCACUCCUUUCACCCUGAAAUCCAACCUUAAAAGAAACCCCCUGUACAUGGCCAUGAGAGAGACAGAUGUGGCGGACACCAAGUCCAAGCCUUCCUGGACUGUCAAGGAAUACGACACACAAAUAGUUCAUGGUAACCUUGCAGAUUAUUUAAAGGAGGAAGAGAAGACUCCUAAAGAUCUGGACUUUUGGCUUGAGGAUCUCUACACACCAGGAUUUGACUCUUUACUGAAGAAAAAAGAAGCAGAACACAAAAGAAAGAGACUUUAUAAAACUCUUUCUUUAGUUUUUUUGUCCCUUUGUGCAGUACUCAUUGUUAUCAUAGUACCAGUGGUGGUUUUACAGAAGAAAUACUAA